AUGGCUGCCACGCUAGGCUGGAGCGUCUUUGCGCUCCUAGCCGCAAGGGCCCUCGCCCACGGAGGUCUGAACAACUACACAGUUGGCGAGACGUGGUAUCGCGGCUACGACCCCAACGCCCCGGCUGAAGAACAAGUAGGUCAACCAUGGAUGGUCCAACGCGCCUGGGCCUCCAUCGACCCCGUCUUCGACUACGACUCCGAUUACCUCUCCUGCAACGACCCCGGAACCUCGGCCUCUUCCUACAUCGACAUUGCUGCCGGCGAUAACAUCACAGCCAUAUAUUGGUAUUGGCUGCAUCCGACGGGGCCCAUGGCCGUGUGGCUUGCCGAGUGCGGAGAAUCCUGCGCGGAGGUUGAUCCGAAGGAGUUGAACUGGUUCAAGAUCUGGCACGCCGCCCUCGUGGACGACGGCUCCCUCGGCCUGGCAGAAAGCACAUGGUACCAAAAGGCCUUCCAAAACUGGCAAGGUCUCGCCGCCCAAUGGCCCAUCACCAUCCCCUCAAACCUCAAGCCGGGACUCUACAUGAUUCGCCACGAGAUCAUCUCUAUCCACGUCGCGUAUAAGCCUCAAUGGUAUCCCGAGUGCGCACACUUGAAUGUUACGGGCGAGGGGGUUGCGUUGCCCAGCGAGGAGUGGUUUUAUAAAUUUCCUGGCGCGUACUCUGAGGACGAUCCCCUGGUGUUUUUGGACAUUUACUCUGAGGAGUGGACGGACCCUGUAAAUGCAGCAAAGUAUACGCCGCCUCUUGGUCCCGUGUGGACGGGCGAGGAAUGA